CGCGGCGGCACCGGGGCCGGGCCGCUCCCGGGUCUGUGCGGCGGCACCUCCCUUCCUCCCCCUCCCUCCCACAAAGCGGCGGGGCGAGCGCUGUCCGUCCGUCCCCGGGAGAGCGGCAGCGCCGGUCGCGAUUUAUGGCAUUCACCAUGGUGGCUCUGUGCUGGAAGCUGCCCAUCUGCUUUCUCUUCUAUCAAGUGGUCUCAGGAAGAGUGAGGAGGGAGGGGCACUACGUGGCGGCCGUGUACGAGCACGAGUCCAUCCUGAGCCCGACCCCGGCGGUGCCGGUGGAGCGACGCUCAGCGCUGGAGCUCAUGGGCAGGAACCUCGACAUCUAUGAGAAGCAAGUGCUGGCUGCUGCCAGGCAGGGGGCACAGAUCAUUGUUUUUCCUGAAGAUGGAAUCCAUGGCUUCAACUUCACCAGAAGCUCCAUUUACCCUUACUUGGAUUUUGUUCCACACUCACACUCUGGGAAGUGGAAUCCCUGCAGAGAGCCCUAUUUGUUCAAUGACACAGAGGUCGUCCAGCGCCUGAGCUGCAUGGCUCUGAAGAACAAGAUAUUCCUGGUGGCCAACUUAGGGACCAAGCAGCCGUGUGAGCGCUCGGAUCCUCGGUGCCCGUCGGACGGGAGGUACCAGUUCAACACCAACGUGGCGUUGGCCGCGGACGGAGCGCUGCUGGCCACGUACCGCAAACACAAUCUGUACUUCGAGUACGCUUUUGACACCCCUCCAGAGCCAGACUAUGCGUUCUUUGACACCCCUUUUGCUGGCAAGUUUGGCAUGUUCACCUGCUUUGAUAUACUCUUUUUUGAGCCUGCAGUGAACCUCAUCAGACAAUACAAUUUGAAGCAAAUUGUUUAUCCAACCGCCUGGAUGAACCAGCUCCCGCUUUUGUCCGCUGUAGAGUUUCAACAAGCUUUUGCAACAGCUUUCAAUAUCAAUAUUUUAGCGGCCAACAUCCACCACCCUGCCUUGGGCAUGACAGGGAGUGGCAUAUACACUCCAGUCAAAUCAUUCAUCUACCACAACAUGGAAAGUUAUGGUGGCAAGCUCAUAGUAGCAGAAAUUCCUGUGAUUACUCCAGAUUAUAAAAGCAAUUUAGAGAGUGAUGAAAGAUUUAGAGAGAACUUACAUGACUCAUGCCGGACUUUUACGAGCACCUCACUGGAUGAUGAAGUUUGCUUUAAGGAGCAAGAAGAGACUCCUGGCAGAGUAUCUGAAAAAGGAAAGGAACAGUCACCUCCUUCCUUUUACGCAGAAAUGAUGUAUGACAACUUCACUUUUGUUCCCGUGUGGGGGGAAAGAGGGGAGCUCCAGGUUUGUGCCAAUACUCUUUGUUGUUACCUAAACUAUAGGAGAGCUGUUUUAACUGAUGAAUUAUAUGCUUUGGGAGUUUUUGACGGGCUCCAUACAGUACAUGGCACAUACUAUGUCCAGGCCUGUGCCUUGGUGAAGUGUGGUGGUCUCAGCUUUAGCACUUGUGGGCAGGAGGUCACAGAUGCCACUGCUCUGAUAGAUUUCCAGCUAUGGGGAAAUAUGAGCACCCCUUACAUCUUUCCUUUGCUGCUGACAUCUGGUAUUACCUUGGACUUUGCUGAUCACAUGGGCUGGAAAAACAAUCACUAUUUCCUCAGCAAAAAUAGAACAUCUUCUGGCCUCCUGACAGCUGCUCUCUAUGGACGAUGGUAUGAGAAGGACUAGCACAGAUAUUUGACUGAGUUAGAAACCAACUGCCCAUACGUUCAGCGUAUCUUAACAGAAAUUGUUGGAUAUCCAUAUUUCCUAGAGGUUCAGGUGUGUUUGUCCCAUCACUGCCUGAAUAGGUCCCACAUUUGGAAUAAUGGCUCUAACUACAGUCUGUACCAUGGUAGCUUAUGUCCUACCAGGAGUGAAAGAACUGCAAAGGCUUGCUGUGAUCUGGUGAGAUGUUUUAUACCAGAAAAUAACACUUCCCAUUUCAACUGAA